UUUCUACCGGGACGAAUUAAAAGUUUUGAUCUAGCUCUAUUUUUUGAAGCGCAAUUGAAGCAUAAGUGUCCACUUUCGCCCCCAGCGCUGCUUACUUACCAUACCUUUAUCCCAUCAGCGGCGCAGAUAAGAGCUGGUACCAUAUUGCUCAAGGCUGAACUGAAACUAAAACAGUAUAUAGAGUUUACAUGCCCUUUUCCUGGUCGUAAUACAAAGACACAAUUCCGCGAAGUGCAGCUAGGCUAUAACAAAAGUCAUGUUGAGUUGCAAGAAUUCCAAAUUCCCUCCCUUCUCGAACAGUUAAAGGCGAAUCCGGCAUAUUUUCAACUUUCAGAGCAAGACACUUACUUUCAACAUGAACCAGGAAAAACUCUUCGUGUACAGCUGGAUUUAGAUGUGUUACAGGUACCUGCACGAUACCACCUAAGUGUCUGGGAGCGAUUAGGUCAGUUUUGGUUAUAUUUUGCUUCCUUCUUCGGCAUCUCUUUCUACGUGAUGAAUAAGAUUAAAGAUUAUCUUUUUGGCCGACACAUUAUUCGAGCUUGGGAAGUUAUACCUUGGAAAAAGCUUUACUGACACGGGCGUGAAUGCUUAGCAGAAGAUACCAUUGAUUUAGAUGAUUUCUCUACAUCUGUUAUGUA